UGUAUCUAUAAUGAGUGGAGAUGCUUCUUAGGGUGGACUGGUGAUCUAUAUUCAAUAUUUCCAAGAUACCGGAAGGCCCAAGAGUCGUCCUCUUUGAGAAAGGUUCCUUUUGUUCUUGUUGGAAAUGGUCGGUGGCCACAACCUGAAUAUGUUAAUGUAAACAUGGAUGACUCAAGGCAUCCUAUACCUCUUGUGACAAUUUAUCAUCACUUGCAGCCUGUACAUCCUACUCCUCUCACUUUCCUCCAGGCGCUCUUUGGUCGUCAAUAUCCUGUUGGAGUAUUGGAUGAAGAAAAAAUUCUGCCCCUUGGAAAAGAUAUAACCGCUGUUGGUGUUUGCAGCUCAAAAGAAGGGAUUUUUGAGAUCAAAUCAUGCAAGGACCUACCCUAUUUCUUGUCUGACAUGACCAAGGAUGAAAUGCUGCCUGAUCUUGCCUUUAAAUCAAAAGUUUUGCUGUGGAGUGGAGUUGUACUUGGUUCGGUUGCAGUUGGUGUUCUUGGCUAUGCUGUUGUGAGGAACUGGAAUCGAUGGAAGCAGUGGAGACACCGGAGGCAGGUCCAGCAACGGUUGGAUUCUGCAAAUGGUGACGCUGAUUCACAGGUUAUUGCUGAUGAGGAAGCUGAAUAUGUUCCCGAUGGUCAGUUGUGUGUGAUAUGCCUUACUAGGAGGAGGCGCUCAGCAUUCAUUCCGUGUGGACACCUGGUAUGUUGCCAGCGUUGUGCCUUGUCAGUUGAACGUGAUUUAGCUCCCAAGUGUCCUUUAUGCAGGCAGUCAAUUCGUAGUUCUGUAAGGAUUUAUGAUUCCUGAGGAUCAAAUAGUUCUGAGUUAUUUUAAGUAGCCCGUGCUGGGAAGGUGGUGGUUCAUUUGUAAAGCAUGCAGUCAAACUGGGAGAGGAUGGUGGUUGAUGGACUAACGUUGGAUGCUUUUGCCAUGGCAAGGAUUAUAUCCUAAAAUCUAACAUGUAUGUUGUUUGUGUUUGUACAUACAUGUUUUGCUGACUCAUUGUUAUAUCCUUAAAUACAAUAUUCAUCACAAUGUAGUUAGUUGGGAAGAAAAUCUUGUCAAUGCAGUAACUGUCUGAACAGCCAGCAUUUGUAGAUUAGCUUCAAGUAGUAUUAUGGCAUGACUUGCUAGGGAGUCAUUUUGCUAACAUAACUUGAGUACUAAACACUCUCGACAGUUACUUCAUCAACUCACAAUUAUUACA